AUGGAUGAUAGAGUUCUUUUAAAAGUGUAUUACUUUGGUCAGAUUUUGUUACAAAUUUCUGAAGGAGUGAAAUUUAUUUGUGAAAAUUCGUUAGAUGUUGUUAUUCCCUUCACAAUCUCAUUUGAAGAGCUCAAAGGUGUGAUCUGUGAGAAGAUUGAUUCUGAGAUGUCGAGAAAAAUAUAUUGCAUUUUAUACAGAUAUCCCAUACCGGUGUUUGGUGGAUACGUCCAAUUUGAAUCCAAAUAUGUAACGGACGAAGCAAGUUUGCAAGAGAUGUUUUCAAUAUAUUUUGAAAGUCGUGUCCGAAUCUCGUUCAUCGAGUUGUACAUUGAAUUCGAACAAUUUGAGGCUGACCGGAAUAUUGUACGAGAAGAUUACAAUAGUGACAGUGAAGAAGAGUUUGAAAGGAAUUACGAAGUUGUCGGUCCAGACGGGGAUGAAGAGCAAGGUGAUGCCACUGUGGCCCCAGAUGUGACAGAUGUGGCAAAUGCACUCGUGAACGAAGUGCCGUUUGAGGAGCCAUCUUUCAUGCGAGUGUUGGAUUUGGAGGCCAUGCAUGUUCCAGAGUUUCCGGAAUAUAUGAGUGUAGUGAAUGUUGAUGUACCUUUAAAUUUGGUUAUUAAAUAUCCGUGUAAUUAUUUUUUUUAUAUGGUUGUCGUCCCGCCAGAAAUUUCUAUUGUCGCAGAUGGCGAAUUUGCCGUCGGGAUGGAAUUCAGUUCCAGGAAAUCUGUUAUUAAGGCGAUGAAAGAGUAUAGCAUUCGAAGAAGUGUAGACUACCGGGUGUAUGAGUCGGAAUCGUUGACAUUUUAUGCGAGGUGUACACAGUAUGGGUCUGGGUGUAAUUGGCUUAUCAGGGUUAGCAUGAUCAGCAGAAAGUACUGUUGGGUUAUAAAGAGGUAUAAUGGUAGUCACACUUGUACCAGAUCUACCAUUUCUCAGGAUCAUUCCAAGCUCGAUUCAAACACAAUUGCCGAAGCAAUAAAGCCAUUUGUUGAGGCUGACCCCUCGUUAAAGGUAAAAUCAGUUAUUGCAGAUGUGCAAUCGAAGUUCAACUACACCGUCAGUUAUCGGAAAGCAUGGUUGGCUAAGGAAAAGGCAGUAGAAAAAAUAUUUGGAGGCUGGGAAGCAUCGUACAAAGCGUUGCCUAUAUGGUUUAAGGUCAUGUGUCAUAAGGAGCCAUCAGCUGUCAUCCAUUUUGAGACUAUGCCUGCAUAUCAAGGCGAUGACUUGGUCAGUGAUAUUCGGGUAUUAAAUCGAGUCUUUUGGAGUUAUUACCCCUGCAUUAGAGCAUUUAGGCAUUGUAAGCCAAUUGUGCAGGUGGAUGGGACUCACUUGUACGGAAAGUAUAAGGGUUGUCUGUUAGUGGCAGUUUCACAGGAUGGCAACAACAAUAUUGUCCCAAUUGCAUUUGCUAUUGUGGAAGGAGAGACAUCUGAUGCGUGGCACUUCUUUCUCAGUAACUUGCGACAACAUGUUGUGACUCGGGAUGGUGUGGGACUGAUAUCCGACCGAUACGAAUCCAUCAAUGCAGCCGUGGAGCGGAGUAAUGGAGCUUGGUCGCCUCCUAGAGCAUUCCACAUGUUCUGCAUCAGGCAUAUUGAGUCGAACUUCCUGAGAAAAUUCAAGGCACCGUACCUGCAAAAACUUGUCGUUAAUAUAGGAUAUUCGCAGAUGGUGCGUCAGUACGAAGUGCGUUACCAGCGUUUACGAGAACGGGACGAGGCUUACACUAACUGGUUAAACCGAAUCCCCCGUGAACAGUAUGCAUUGGCAUUUGAUGGUGGUUACCGAUGGGGUCACAUGACGACAAACCUAGUCGAAUGCAUUAACUCUGUGCUGAAGGGUGCACGCAACCUCCCAACCACUGCACUUGUCAAAGCAACAUUCUACAGGCUUAACGAGCUAUUCACCAGAAAAGAGCCAAGGCGGAGAAAGAAUGAGGUAUUUGAAGUGCGUGAGAUGCCUAGUGGACUGGAGUAUGCUGUCGACCUACGUCGGCAUCAAUGUGACUGUGGUGAGUUUCAGGUGGAUCGGAUCCCGUGUCAGCAUGUGUUUGCAUGUUGUGCAAAUCAACGACUGGACUGGCAACUGUAUGUGCAUGAUGUGUAUAAGAUGGACCAGGUUCGAUGGGUUUAUCGAGCUAGGUUUAGGCCAUUGGGAAAUCCUUCUACAUGGCCUGCUUACACCGGGCCACGAUUCGUACCCAAUCCAUUCCUAAGACGCGUGACCAAAGGUCGCCCCAGGAUGACCCACUUCUUGAAUGAGAUGGACACGCGAAUGUUGCAUCCUCCACGGCGAUGUACGCAAUGUGGUGCUGAGGGACAUAGCCGUAGUAGAUGCCGUCGGUCAACUGGUGCACCUGCCGAUCAUAAUGCUCAUUAG